CCGCCAACUGUUCAGGUAGGGGCCCCAUGGGACCAGAAAACCCUUCUCCUUCCCUGUGUAAAUGUCUUCUCCUGACUCUCUCCUCAGACAGCAAUCUGCUCCGCCUGGUGAAUGGGGGCAGUCGAUGCACAGGCAGAGUGGAGAUCCUUCACCAGGGCUCCUGGGGCACCAUCUGUGAUGACUACUGGGACUUGAACGAUGUGAAUGUGGUGUGCAGGCAGCUGGGCUGUGGAGAAGGCAUAGAAGCCAAGGUGUUAGCUCACUUUGGGGCAGGAUCAGGACGCAUCUGGCUGAGCAAGGUGAACUGCACGGGAAAGGAGUCCCACUUGUGGAAAUGCACCUCCCCAGGCUGGGAGCAGCACAACUGCAAUCAUGAAGAGGAUGCAGGAGUCAUAUGCUCAGGAUUUGUGCGUCUGGUUGGAGGAAAUGGACCCUGCUCAGGGCGAGUAGAAGUGCAUUCUGGAGAAGACUGGACGCCAGUGUCUGAUGGGAACUUUACAUUCCCCACGGCUCAGGUCAUCUGUGUAGAGCUGGGAUGCGGCAAGGCUGUGUCUGUCCUGGGUCAGAGGCCCCUCAGAGGGUCAGGUAACCAGGUCUGGCCUGAAGAGUUCAGGUGUAAGGGGGAGGAGUCCAUGCUCUGGUCCUGCCCCAGAGUGCGUCCAGGAGGCACUUGUCACCACAGUGGAGCUGUUCAAGUUGUCUGUUCAGCAUACACGGAAGUCCGGCUCAUGAGAAAUGGCACCUCUCAGUGUGCGGGGCGAGUGGAGAUGAAUAUUUCUGGAGGAUGGAGAACACUCUGUGCCUCCCACUGGACCAUGGCCAAUGCCAAUGUUGUGUGUCGUCAGCUCGGCUGUGGAGUCGCCCUCUCCACCCCGAAGGGAGCAGAGGGAGGUGAUCCGAUGUGGAAAGCCCGAUUUCACUGCUCUGGGGCUGAGUCCUUCUUGUGGCAUUGCCCUGUGACUGCCCUGGGUGUUCCUGACUGUGCCCAUGGGAACACAGCCUCUGUGAUCUGCUCAGGAAACCAGACCCAGGUGCUGCCUCAGUGCAAUGACUCCCUGUCUGAACCAGCAGGCUCUGCAGCCUCAGAGGAGGGCACCGCCAACUGCUCAGACAGCAGACAGCUGCGCCUGGUGGAUGGAGGGAGUUACUGCUCAGGGAGAGUGGAGAUCCUUCGCCAGGGCUCCUGGGGCACCGUCUGUGAUGACAGCUGGGACCUGGACGAUGCGCAUGUGGUGUGCAGGCAGCUAGGCUGUGGAGAAGCCCUCAGUGCCCCAGGGUCUGCUCACUUCGGGGCGGGCUCAGGACGCAUCUGGCUGGAUGACGUGAACUGUACAGGAAAGGAGUCCCACCUAUGGCAGUGCCCUUCCCGGGGCUGGGGGCAGCACAACUGCAGACACAAAGAGGACGCAGGGGUCAUCUGCUCAGAGUCCCUGGCCCUCAGGGUGGUGAGCGAGGACCAGGAGUGUGCCGGGUGGCUGGAAGUUUUCUACAACGGGACCUGGGGCGGUGUCUGCCGCAGCCCCAUGGAAGACAUCACCUUGUCCAUCAUCUGCAGGCAGCUUGGCUGUGGGGACAGUGGAACCCUUAACUCUUCGGUGGCUUUUAGGGAAGGUUCUAGACCCCGGUGGGUAGACUUAAUCCAGUGUCGGAAAACUGAUCGCUCUCUCUGGGAGUGUCCUUCUGACCCUUGGAAUUACAAUUCGUGCUAUCCAAAGGAGGAAACCUAUGUCUCCUGUGCAGGAAGGAGACCCAAGAGCUGUCCAGCUGCUGUGCCCUGCACAGACAAAGAGAAGCUGCGACUCAGGGGAGGAAACAGCCUGUGCUCAGGGCGAGUGGAGGUGUGGCACAGCGGCUCCUGGGGCACAGUGUGUGAUGACUCCUGGAGCCUGGCAGAGGCCGAGGUGGUGUGUCAGCAGCUGGGCUGUGGCCAUGCCCUGGAAGCCCUGCGGGAUGCGGCAUUUGGCCCUGGAAGUGGGAGCAUCUGGCUGGACGAGGUGCAGUGCAGGGGCAGGGAGUCCUCCCUGUGGGACUGUGCUGCGGGGCCCUGGGGGCAGAGUGACUGCAAGCACGAGGAGGACGCUGGAGUGAGAUGCUCUGGCGAGAGGACAACAGUUCCCCCGACUCGUGGAAGCACCACUGCAGGCUCAGCUCCUGUCCUUGGCCUCUUCUCCCUUCCUGGGAUCCUCUGUAUCAUACUGGGGGCCCUUCUCUUCCUGGUCCUCGUUAUCCUGGGGAUUCAGCUACACAGAUGGAGAGCAGAGCACCAAGCCUUAUCUGCUUUUGAAGAUGCUGUCGAUGAAGGCUUGUACCAGGAGAUUGAUGACCUCAUAAAACCAGAGAAGGAGGACCUACUGGACAGCCCAGCAAGCCUGUCUGAUGACUCAGUGACUCGGCUGCCAUAUUACACAGGGGACACUGAGGAGGAUGGAGACCCUGAAUAUGCUCCAGAGCCUCGGGGAGAGCAUGUCAAUGCCACAGGAAAUGGUUACGAUGAUGUUGAAGAGUUACCUGUUCCUGAAAUUCCUUUCUCUCCUGGGAGGAGUGAGAAUUAUUUUUCCACAGAGGAUGGAGGUGGUGACAGGUAUUCCCAGACAGGCAUCUCUCUGCAGUCUCCUGGAGAAGCUGUCAACUCUAGCAUGGAAGAGAAAGAAUCCUCAUUGGUCCUGAGACGAGAAGAUCCUGGGUAUGACGAUGUUGAUCUUAGCAUCAUGUCGUGCCACUUUUUGAAGCAAGAGACACUUUGAAGAAACGUCCACAAUAUUGUUUCCCAAAUAAAUGAGAGUUUUGUUUUC